GUGCUGCAGAGAGUCAGUACAAGACACAAGGAGCCUGAAAUCUUCGAAGAGAACUGGAAGAUAUCUGAAAAAGUUGAACCUUUUGGUCUUGGUUCUGCGUUACAAUGAAACUCGUGCAUGCUCUUGGAAUUAUGGCUAUAGGAGUGGUAUCACUAGUGAUUGGGAUUUUGAUUGGACGGUUUGCUAUUGCCCCAGAGUUACCGGAAUUGCUUCAGAGUAUGAGUCGUGAUGGAAACCCAAAGUACAGAUAUGAACUCCAAAAAGAGAUUCAAACUCACGAAAUUGAGCAAAACUUGAAGUAUUUCUCAAGCAAGCCUCAUAUAGCUGGAAGCUCGCAAGAAGAAGAUGUACUUGCUAAUUAUAUUUAUAAGACAUGGAAAUCAAGCCUCAAUGGAGCAAAGAUAUAUAAUUACACAGUGCUCCUGUCUUACCCCAAUUCAACGGACCCAAACUAUGUUGCCAUUGUAUCUUCUGAUGGAACCGAAAGUGACAUAUCAGACAAGGUUGAGAAGAUUCUUAGCCCUGACCAAAAUGAUUCAACCGUGGUCAACCCUUUUAAUGCAUACUCACCUUCUGGUGUUAUAGUGGGGGAUCCGGUUUAUGUUAACUAUGGUGCAGUGGAAGAUUUCCAUUAUCUGACCAGGAAUCUGUCAAUGAAUUUGAAUGGCACUGUGGCAAUUGCAAGAUACGGAAAAAUAUUCAGAGGAGAUAAGGUGAAGAAUGGCCAAACCUUCGGAUGUGCCGGCAUGAUACUAUACUCUGACCCGGCGGAUUAUGUGGCAGGUGACCUUGAUCGUGUAUUCCCCGAUGAUUGGUGGUUGCCAGGCACUGGUGCACAGAGAGGCACUGUGCUCAACACUGAUGGGGAUCCAUUAACACCAUUUUACCCAGCUAUAGAGUCAGCAUUUUCCUUGGAUGAAAAAGACAUUAGCAAUUUGCCAUUGAUUCCCGUUACUCCGAUCGGAUACAAUGAUGCGCAGAAGUAUCUCAGCAAGAUGGCUGGAAUAGAGGCCCCAAGUGCAUGGAAGGGGAAAUUAAACUUAAUGUACAGAGUAGGACCAGGCUUUGAAUCGCCAUUUGAAGAAAGGAAACUGAAACUUUAUGUGAAAUCAUAUAAUGUGAAGAAAACAAUCAGAAAUGUUAUAGGAUUCAUUGAAGGAAAAUACGAGCCUGAUCGUUAUGUGGUUUUGGGUAACCAUCGAGAUGCCUGGGUAUUUGGAGCCAUUGAUCCAUCCAGUGGUACAGCUGCAAUGAUGGAACUGAGCAGAUCCAUGGCCCGAAUGCUUGAAAAAGGAUGGCGCCCACGGAGAUCAAUUUUGUUUUGCAGUUGGGGAGCAGAAGAAUAUGGACUCAUUGGAUCAACGGAGUGGGUGGAAGAAAUGGGAAAAGUAUUAGGUCCUCGAACAGUGGCAUACCUAAACGUCGACCUCUCACUUGCGGGAAAUUCUACCCUCCGGGCACUUGCCACUCCCAUCCUGCACAAGCUACUAUUUGAAGCAGCAAAAACGGUGGAAAAUCCAAACCCAGAUGAAGUAAAAGCUGGGCGCAAAACAGUAUUUGACACAUGGGUUGCAAAUUUACCAUCUUCAUAUGAUCCAACUAUCCCAAGGAUAGGGAAUCUGGGUUCGGGGAGCGAUUAUUCCUCUUUUCUACAAAUUCUUGGUAUAUCAUCAGCAGAUGUGAGGUACACAUAUGACCAGAAAUACUCCUUAUCUUCAUACCCAAUGUAUCACUCUGUGUAUGAGACGAUGGAUCUAGUGUCACGUAUCAUGGACAGAGGGUUCAAGUAUCACCAAGCUGUAGCGAGGCUCUGGGGAGAAAUGGCUCUGCGGUUGUCUGAUGAUGUAAUUGUGACCUUAGAUUGUGUACAGUAUGCAACAACAAUGCAAAGGAUUGUCAGGGACGUGGAAAAAACGUAUGGACCACUGCUACAGGAAAAAGGCAUAACUUUUGACACAGUGAAGAAAGCAGCCAAUGAGUUUAAGGCAGCAACUCGUGCCUUACAGAAAAGAGCAGAAAAUGCCAACAAGCAGAACCCUCUGGAAGUACGGAAAAUAAACGACCAAUUGAUGCUUCUUGAGAGAGCUUUCAUUGAUCCCCUUGGGGUAGCAGGCAACCUCUACCACAGGCACGUGAUUUAUGCCCCUAAUCAGCACAAUCAAUACGCAGCCUCCAGUUUUCCUGGCCUGGCAGCAGCAAUGUUUGAUAUUGAACACGACCCAAACCAGGAGUUGAGGUGGCAGCAAGUCCAAAAGGAGAUUUCUAUUUUGGCUUAUACCAUCAACUCUGCGGCUAGUACCAUGCACGACCACGGAACAAUCGGCGGAGGUGGUGUACAGCGCUAAACAUUUUAAUAUUUUUAAAUUAAAAAGUACGUCCAUGUUGGGGCUCUAAGGAGGUUAAUUCGGUUUUGACUUUGAUUCUCAUUAGUUUCUAUCCUAAUCUCAGCAUCUGAAGGAAUACACCAAAAUAAAUCAUGUUCCUGUGGGCAUCGACUGACUGCUGAGAUUCAAGGCUAUAUUUCAUAAUUUCAGUUAUACUGAGCCGUUAACCAGCUGGUUUCUGAUUACGAAAGAGAAAAAAAACAAAAACAAAAAACAUACAUAGUGGCACUUUAUAGAGAUAUGUAUUUCUAUAUUGGUAAGCAUGUUUGAGAUAGAGUGUCCAAUGCUCUUCACAAAACCAAAUACAUGAGCUACAAUUGCAGAACAUCCCCUUAUUUAUGGUUAACUCUCUCCUUAUUUUGGUUCUGUUUAUUCACUUUCCCAUAUGUGAGUUCAGUUCACUUUUUAUAACUGUAUUUGAACUGGUUUCCUUCCUGUAUCUCAGUUCUCAUUCUACAACUAUUUCUGGAAUCCUCCGUGUUCUGCGUUCUAUAUCAUCUCAGCCUUACUAGAACAGCUCCUAGCUCUACAAUUGUGGGGGCAGUCAUCAAUUAACUAUAUACCUGCCUAUAUAU